UAUAAACGGCCUCCCCGCACCCUGCUUGUGCCGCUCCCUGGGAGCACGCAGCACCGCGAUCUGGACACUCACCGAUCGGACACAGUGAUCAACACCGAUCGUGAUCACUUGUGACAUCAUUGCUUACUACGUGUGAAAUCUGUGAAUGAUCACCGAGAUCACAUGAUACAAGGAUAUUCACAACAGCCUUGUACCAUGUGACAAGCUGUGACCAAUCACAGCUCACUCAGUAC